ACGGGGGAGGGGGUGGCGCACUUGCUUUGAGUAUCACAAUUGCCUCCCAGGGGCGCAUGGUGCCCAGCCAUACUCUGCCUCGAUUUCCCCAGUGUCUGCAGGGUCCUGACACCGCCUUGGACGCACGCUGCUCGCUCCCUCCCUGCUCCUAACUAGUUGGGCCUCCUUGGCGCGCACGCGUGGCCAGGGUGUCCGGGUCAGGGGUUGUCCCCGCCAGGGGUUGGGCCAGCUCUGGCCCCUCCCCACCACCGGGCCUGCAGGGCCUCUGCUCCCAUUCCUACUGAAGCCACUGUCCGCAACCGCUCCAGCCAUGGGCGCCGCCGGUUCCUCAACGCUGGCCUGCUUCGCCCUCCCCGUGUCGCGGCGCCCGGCGCAGCUCAGACCCGUCUGGCUCGGGGCAGCCGCGCUGGGACUGGCCGCGGUGGUGCUGGGGACGGUCGUGUGGCGCCGCACGCGGUCCAGGCGGCCGCGGCGGCUGCAGCAGGUGGGCACCGUGGCUCAGCUGUGGAUCUACCCGGUCAAGUCCUGCAAGGGGGUGGCGGUGAGCGAGGCCGAGUGCACCGCCCUGGGGCUGCGCAGCGGCGACCUGCGGGACAGGUUUUGGCUGGUGAUUAAGGAAGACGGGCACAUGGUCACGGCCCGGCAGGAGCCCCGCCUCGUGCUGGUCUCCAUCACCUACAAGGACGGUCGGCUGACCUUCGAGGCCCCAGGCAUGGAGCAGCUGGUGUUGCGGAGCAAGCUGCCUUCCUCCAACAGGAUCCACGACUGCAGGGUUUUCGGUCUGGACAUCAAGGGCCGGGAUUGUGGUGACGAGGUAGCUCAGUGGUUCACCAACUUCUUGAAAACGGAAUCGUUCAGGCUGGUUCAGUUUGAAAAGAGCAUGAAGGGAAGAGUAGCAAAGAACAUUGUCCCGUCUGUGGUGCAGAAUUACCAGGUGGCCUACCCGGACUGCAGCCCGGUCCACAUCCUCUCGGAAGCCUCCCUGGCAGAUCUGAACACCAGGCUGGCGAAGAAAGCGAAGAUGGACCAAUUCAGGCCAAAUAUCGUGGUGACAGGCUGUGCUGCUUUUGAGGAGGAUACCUGGGAGGACAUCCUAAUCGGCAGCACAGAAAUGAAAAAGGUUUUGGCUUGCCCCAGGUGCAUUAUGACCACGGUGGACCCGGACACCGGAGUGAUAGACAGGAAGGAGCCACUGGAGACCCUGAAGAGCUACCGCCUGUGCGAUCCUUCGGAGAGGAACAUCUACAAGUCAUCCCCGCUUUUUGGGAUGUACUAUUCGGUGGAAAAACUCGGCAGCUUGAAAGUCGGGGACCCGGUGUAUCGGAUGGUGUGGUGAUGGGCCCGCGGGCUGACACGGUUCCGGCGUCCCGCAGACAUCGAUCAGGGUUUUGUCUUCGCUAGCAGCACCGCCUUGGCCUCUGAUCAUCUCCACCCUGGAAACGAAUCUCCGUUCUUGACUUACUUUCUGGAGUUAGGCAGGCUCCUGGUUAAUGCAAGGAAAGUAUUCGUGGUGAUUUGGGAAUAGGAAGGUUAUGUAGAUUUUAGGUAAGGAAGACUUUGACAUACAUAGAAUUGUCUCACAAUUAUUUCGAAUGUCACUGUAGCUCUCAUACUCCUGACACUGACAUUGAUGAGAUCAAGUGUAAAGAAUCUGAUCAAAAGCUGCAACAUUUUUUCUAAAUGUUUACAUUGGAUGACCGGCCAUUCCGUGUCUCCAGAGACAUGAGGAACAGCAGGUGUCCUGAUGUGCCUUUAUUUGCAAACACCCAAGAUUCCGUCGGUUUUUACAUGACUGCUGAGUGCCGUUGACCUGCUCACGUGGUCUGGACCAACCACGAAGGAGUCAGAUUGUGCUCGAGUAUGAUUUUACAGACCCCGUUUUCAUAGUGGAGUGUAAGGCUUUGCGGCCAAGUAAGAGUAAUUGUGUGUAAUUGCCAGACACACCCCCUGGAGUUCCAGGUGCGAUAAAGAAGAGACUGGGAUUUAAAACAGAGUGGAAUUCAGAGCGUCGAGCGGGAAGAAGGAAGGUUGCAUAUAUUUUUUUGGUGCAGAUAAUUUUUUUGUGGUAACAGCAAUGAAGUCCUUUGGUAUGACUCACUGAACACAAAUGCUCCCUGAAGUAAUAUGUGAACGAGUUCAUCUACUUAACAAUGUUGUGGUUUCUUUGCUGUUAAUAAACGUGACUUUCUGUUGUA